GGACCUUCAGCUCGGCGCUGCCUCCUGCCUGCCUGCCCUGCUGACGUAGGAAACCCCCCCAAAAAAAGUUGCGGAAAAUUGCAGAGGAAAAGAAAAAAGAAAGAAAGAAAGAAGCAAACAAGAAGCUCCUUCCAGCUGCACUGGGAAGUCAUAGACCAGGAAUGAGCUCUUCUUUCAGCUCGGAGGAACUCUUGUUUAUCCAGCUGUGGAAAUGAGAGCACUUAGUAGAACUUUUAAGCAGCUGUUCUGCGCGGAGGUUUGGGCCGUGUUUACGGCGCUUUUCCUUCUGACCAGCUUCAGUUCUGCUCCUUCUGCUGCUGCGCCCGAUCCUAAUCCUGCUGCCUCCACACAACAUGAAGUUCUGGAGCAAAGUCAACUUUCCGACCUUCACAGUAAAGGUGCCUUCCUUCUUGAGAGUGCAUCCUUACGUCUCUGCCUCUUCGCCAACUCUUCAGGGGUCUCCCUGGCCAGCUGUGAUCGCCCAACCUACGGCUCAUUAUGGAAGUGGGUGUCUCGCCAUCGCCUCUUUAACCUCGGUGCCAGCAAGUGCCUUGGCAUCAACUCGACGAGCCAGCAGUCUGAAGUUGGCAUGUUCACCUGUGACGCUUCUUUAUAUUUCAUGUGGUGGCGCUGUCACAGCUAUGCACUGUUUGGCGCCACCCAGAAGAAACUAGUCGUCAUGGGCUCUCGGGUGACUGUAAAGAGGGCCAUUAUGCACGAGUGGAGGAUCUAUGGGGAGCUUGGAGAGGCGCCCUGUACUUACCCCUAUGAAGAAAUCCACCCUCUCCUCGGGAAUGCCCAGGGUAUGCCAUGUGCCCUGCCUUUCAAGUACAGUGAUAAGUGGUACUGGGAUUGUACUUCAGAUGGCAGAGAGGAUCAGCACCUCUGGUGCGCCACCACCAGCAGAUACGACCAGGACCAUAAGUGGGGAUUCUGUCCGACUGCAGGUUCUGGUUGUGAUUCAUUUUGGGAGAACAGCACCGACCUGAAAGCCUGUUAUCAGUUUAACUUGUACUCUCUGCUCACCUGGAGCCAAGCGCUCACUUCCUGUCAGUCACAGGGAGCCAGUCUUCUGUCCAUCACACACGCUGCAGAGCACAGCUACAUCAAAGACAGACUUGCAGACAUGGGGGUGAUCGUCUGGACCGGGCUGAACCACCUUAGUCACGAUGGGGGGUGGCAGUGGGCAGAUGGAUCUCCAUUCUCUUUGCUGCAGUAUACUUCAGACAUGAUGUCAGUCGUGGUGGGGCAGAAUAAGCUGUGUGGGGUGUUUAACUCGGAUGUGGGGAAGGGGCACUGGCAGAGCUUGUCCUGUGAAUCCGCUUUGCCAUACAUCUGCAAGAAAACACACAACAGCAGGAGAGCCGAGCCUAUUGAAAACUGGCAGUAUAAGAGGACUGUGUGUCUCGACGGUUGGGUCGAUCACAAUGGCUUCUGUUAUCAUUAUGUGGAUGAGAAGGGAAGCUGGGACAACUCAUCGACCACGUGCAAGGGUCUUGGGGCACAACUCGCCAGCGUCCAUUCUCUCUCUGAGCAGGAGCUAUUGCUAGCGCUCCUUAUUAACGCUUCUGACUCAAAGGUGUGGAUUGGUUUGCAUAUGGAGGCUGGUUCUCCUAGAGUCGAGUGGUCAGAUGGAUCACCCAUCACUCUUACACCCUGGCAACGGCAGCAGCCGUCUCCUCGCCGUGAAGACAAGCGCACGUGUGUUGUCGCAGACAAGAAGAACGGAAACUGGGAGUUUGCAGAGUGUGAGGAGAUGCAUCCAGCCAUUUGUCGCUCUGUUGGUCUUGUACCCCUGCACCCAACUGGAGAAUGGGAUGAAGGCUGCUCUGAGGGCUGGAAGAGGAAGGGAAACUCCUGCUACAAGAUCGCAGACCAGGAGCAGACCUUCAACGAUGCGGUGAAGGGAUAUUACUGCAAAUCCUCUCUUGUUGAUGUCGAGGACAGAUUCGAGCAAGCAUUUCUGAACAGCCUGAUUAGCGCAAGGAACGAUUCUGUGCCGCAGUUUUAUUGGACCGCGCUCCAGGACCAGAACAGGACUGGGGAUUAUCAUUGGUUGAUGCAGAACGGAAUGACAGCACCUCUGAGCUACACCAACUGGAACCGCCAUCAGCCCUUAGUGACCGGUGGAGGCUGUGUGGCGAUGAACGGAGGACAGCGUCUCGGACACUGGGAGGUGAAGAACUGCAAUUCCUACAAAGCCUUAGCAGUGUGCGAGCAGAGCAUCACCAGCUACCCAGAUGCCCUCGUUCCUACAUCGCAUGUUGACCUGUUGACGCCCUGUCACGACGGAUGGGAGAGUCAUCCCAGUCUGCAUCACUGCUACAAGGUGUACCACAACGAGAAGAUCUUGAUGCAGCGCUCGUGGGCCGAAGCCGAGUUUUUCUGCCGGGCUCUUGGAGCAGACCUCGCCAGCUUUCACUAUUACGAGGACCAGGCAUUUGUCAAACAGCUCCUGACAAAGAUGUUCGAAAGUACAGAGGGUCGUUGGUUCUGGGUCGGAUUCACUAAAAGAGAUCCGCAGUCUGCCGGAGCCUGGGAGUGGUCAGAUGGGACACCGAUGGUGAAAUCCUUCCUAGAGGACAAGAACGAGGAUUUGAGCACUCACGACUGCGCGGUGUACAGCGAUCUAACCAACACUCUCACACCUCGACCCUGCGACGCCAAACAUGAAUGGAUCUGCAAGGUGCCCAGAGGUGUGACGUUAACAAAGCCUUAUUGGUACAACAACCAGAAUGAGCCGUGGGUGUUCUACCGUGGAGCUGAGUACUUCUUGGCCAGUCAGGCAUUCCCGUGGGAAAUCGUGUUGUUCGUGUGUAAGAUGAUGGGAGCAGACUUGCUGUCCUUACACUCCAAAGAGGAACUGGCUUUCGUCAAAGAACGCAUGAUGAAAGCUGCUUCUAGUGCUCAAGAUUGGUGGAUUGGUCUCUCAGCUAACAGUGCACAUGAAGGCUUCAGUUGGUCUGAUGGAACGGCUCUGGAUUAUGAGAACUGGAAAAGUGGAAAGCUUUCGAGACGAUCUGGACAAUACUGCGUCUUUAUGUCCACGACUGGGGCGUGGUCAACAGGACAUUGCAUGGAUCCUCACGGUUACGUGUGUAAGCGCAGGACCGCGUCGCUGGUUGAGACCCAGCGGGAGCCUCACUUCAUUGGCGCCUGCCCAGAAAACUGGUUUUACUUCGGCCACAAGUGUCUGUUGCUGCAUCUCCCAUCCCAUCCAGACCAGGGGAAGAGCUGGGCAGAUGCUCAGUCCAUCUGCUCCGGCUUCCAAGGCAUGCUCGGUACAAUCGAGAAUGAGAUCGAACAAGCUUAUAUCACCAUGCUGCUUCACGGCCAGUCUGAUGGAAUUUGGAUCGGCUUGAAGGAUGGAGACACCAUGCAGUGGACCAAUGGGAAGCCUGUUACCUACACUAAUUGGUCUCCCGAAGAACCCGAGCACUCCGAUAAUGAUGAGUGGUUGAGCGAAGGAAUCGAACCAUUGUGCACUGUCCUGUCCAAUACUCACAACUUUCACUUUACUGGGAAGUGGUACAAGGAGAAGUGCACUCAGAGUGGCUACGGAUUUGUGUGUCAGAAACCACAAGACAAAACCAAACGUCCCGCGCACUUGUAUCCUGGCCCCGCCUCCCUCGAAGUGUCCGAGUACAAGAACCGGAGUUACCGCGUUGUCCGUGGCAACAUGAGCUGGUACCAGGCCCUGACUGCUUGUGUGGAGAAAAAUGCAAAGCUCGUGAGCAUCACUGACCCGUUUCAUCAGGCGUACCUCACUGUCCUGGUCAACCGUCUGGGAGCUCCACACUGGAUCGGACUUUUGAGUCAGGAUGACGGCAUCAAUUAUCGCUGGAUCGACGGAAGUAAUAAUAUGUUUACGCACUGGGACACGGCGGAAAACAACGAGGACGAUUCUGUCAUGUUGGGAAACUGUGUGUUUAUCGACAUCAGCGGUGACUGGAAAAGAGCUGACUGUAACAUGCCUCUUACAGGAGCCCUCUGCUACACACCGCCACCUAAAAGUAUAGCGUUCUCCUCUGAGGUGGUUUGCCCUGAGACCUGGGUGAAGUUCCGUGGAAGCUGCUAUAAUUUCGAGUCUUUGGUCUUUAGAAUGUCUCUAGAGGAAGCCAGAGAACACUGCAGGAAAAAAGACAAUUCUUCUGAUGUGUUGACGAUCCGAGACGAGGAGGAGAACCGCUUCUUCUUGGAACACAUGAAGAACUUUUAUGACGGCUCCGAGACUGUCUGGCUGGGGAUUUUUUACAACAUGGACAAGGAUGCUUUAAGCUGGCUGGACGGCUCCUCGCUGGACUACACAAACUGGCGCCUGAAGGCUCCGGAUCCGAGGCAGAUGAACGCAGACACGUGUGUCUCGACGCGGGUAUCAGACGCCCAGUGGCUCCUGGUCGACUGUACAAACAGGCUUGGCUUCAUAUGCAAAACACAUUCAGGGCCCAUCCAAGAGGUCGAGGUGGAGCCGCUAACGGCCCUGCACCACGGAGUUGUUCCAGCUGCCGUCUUAGUGGCCAUAUUGUUCUUCGCCGUGAUAGCUGGAGUGUUGUGGUUUAUCUACAAGAGAAACACGCUGGGCUUCCGGAGGCUUCCGUCGCUCGGAAGCGCCUUUUACAGAUCGCAGACCACAGACUCGGACGGCAACGUGCUUCUGACGGAUCUAGAGACACAUGCAGGGGAUUAGUGUGUGUGUGUGUGUGUGUGUGUGUGUGUGUGUGUGUGUGUGUGAGCUAGAGAGAGAAACCUAAAGGGCAUUUCUUUGUUUAAUGCUUCUCUUUGCUGUAACCAGCAGCAGCACUAUUCACGUGAUGAUGAUGUGAUACUUUCCAACAGUAACAUGAUCUAUAAGGAAGGGAACAGCGAAGGUCCAGUCAUCAGUAGCAUUAAGGGAAUCUUCUUCAUACUAUAAUCUGCUAAUCGAACACACCAUCCAUUUUCUUUGGCUUUUCCAGCGAUCCUGUGCUGAAUUUUCUUCCAGCAAAUACAACCUGAACAUGUGUUCUCUCUCUCACACACACACAUGUUUAUACACACAAAUAUGUUCUCAGAAGGCAUAUUUUGAAAGCAUUGUCGUGCAGGAAGUUUCUUCCAGCCUGGAUUAGAACAAUAAACAAUGACUCCUUCAGGAAUAAUGGUCUUUAAAAGCUUUUGAAAUAUGCCGCAGCACACCAAAGCCACAGCAACCCACAACAGCGAGAUUUGUUUAGUUUGGAAGCACAGCACAGAAUCUCAAGUGUUAUCAGUAUUUGAACACGGGGGUUUUUUGGGGAUGAGCUUUUAUUCUUGUGAACGAUCCCGAAUCCUGUUUGUUCGGAAACGGAUCGGCGUGUCGUUUUUUUUUUUGUUUUGUUUUUUAAACGAGCACUUUAUCUCGUUUCAGCGCCUGGUGUUUUACUGCUGCAGCCUUAUUAGGGAAAGAAAGACCCGGAUUUCCCAAAUCCAGCGUUAAUCCCUACACUGAAAGAAUUCCGAGUCACAGCUGUAUAGUAAAGACACAGGCAGUAAUCGCCAACUUAUUCCCAAUUACUGACUCAUAUUCAAAACUCCAUAUGGACAAAAGUAUUAUGGCACCUUUUCUAGCAUUAUGUUGUUGGACCCAACUGUAUAAGAUGAUUUUUUCCCAACAUCUAAACCUGUUCCAGCAUGACAACGCCCUAGUGCACCAAGCCAUCUCCAUGAAGAUCUUCUCCUAUUGGGAUGAAUUGGAAUGCUGAUUGCACCCCAGGCCUUCUCACGUCAUCUACAUCAGAACCGCACUUGUGGGACGAAUCUCCAUAAAUCAAACAUCUUUCCAGAAAAAUGGAGGUUAUCAUAACAGCAAACAGAGUGAAUUUGGAUAAAAAGAUUCACAUAGAAAUCUUAUGGUCAGGUGUCCACAAUCUUUUGUUUAUAUACUGAAUAUAAGCCUCAUAUCCAGUGUCUGUUGGUGUCUUCUUUUUUAUGAAAUGCCCAUAUUUAGGGAAUUUUAAUUCAUUUUUUAAAGAUCAGCUGUGCUGAUUUUAUUAGUGCUUUUUCAAAAGAGAGAACGUUUAGAAAAAGGAACGUUUUCGGAAAGCCUGCGUUUGUAGACUACACGACGUUCCACUUUGUAUAUGCACUGUGCUCAUCGAAAAAGGGUAAAAAAGCUAUCUCUGUUCUGCUUCAUGUGACGUGACAUGAUGAGGGGUGUUUUUUUUUUGUUCCACGGGGGUAAGUAGCUGUACAGUAUCGAAUCAUGGUUUACAGUUUUAAUGCUCUGUUUGUUUUACGUGUAAUGAAGUACACAAUGCUGUACGAUGCAGUCACUCUUCUAAUGAACCUACUCGUAUUUGUGUGUAAAAUAGGAACGUAUAUUUUUUUUACCUGUAAGUUCUGAUUCAUGGUCCGUUCGAAAUAAAGGAAAGGUGCUCAGUG